CCCAUCUGCUGACGCUUCGUGCUUCAGGUGCUUGGCUUUGGUGGGUUAGAAGUAGCGGGAAAAAGAGCUAUGGACUCCAGGAAACAGGUUACCUUUCGGGAACGAGAGUCCGUUUGGCAAGAUCUGCAGGAGCCAUCCAAGACCAACAAAGCAGGAAGGACAUCAGGAUUUCAAAUUCCAAAAAUUCAUGAUUCAGCUGAGCUGGUUUGUCCACUGAUGGUGAAAGUAGCUGAAACAAAGGAAUGGAAAACUAAGGAGCAUCGGGGCAUGCUGCAGCAACUGUCACUCUGUCCACAGCUGAAAACUAUACACAUUCCCAGAUCAGUGGAGAAUGCCCCAUUUCUGCAGCACCCAGGCUUGAAAACAGGACAGAAGCGAUAUCUAUUUAGUAUUGCUAACAUCUAUAGCACAGAUCACAUGCAUAGGCUGAUGGAGAGGCAAUACUUAAACAUGCUGCAAUAUCGUACAAAGCUUGGGUAUAUAACUUCACAUCAAUCUCAAAAGUACUCUGAUUAUAUCCGAAAACAAUCCCAAAAAGAAACAUGGAGGCAAAACAGUAACAACUCAUCCACAGCUCGGAGCUCAGUGAAAGAGUCACCAACUUUACAACCUGGAGAACCAAUCUCUCUCCCUAUGCUGAGGAACAGCAGUCAGAGGUCUGUAUACUUCACAUUAAUUUCACUUCUCUUUUGUCAUUCCUCUUCAAUUCUUUAUCUAGAAUAAUAGAAAAUUACAGCACAGAACCAAAGGAAUACUAGACAACUAAGAACUACUUUUGAUUAUCUUAAAUCCUUGUCUGAUGUUCUGGAUCUCAAUUUAACGCUGUCCAUUGAAUUAAAAGGCAGAAUAUCACAGAGUUGGGGUAUGUAAUAUUCUCUAAUGUAUUUUAAUCUUGUAAUCUAGGUGAUUGGAGGGGGGGGUAUGUGGGCAAUAUUGGCCUAUAGAAUCCAUGUCAACUCUUUGUAGAACAACACGUGUUUAUUCUGCCUAUCAUUUCAUUAUUUAAGUAUCCCAGGUUUGUAACUUCGGAAUCUUUGUAAUCUGAACUAGGGAUUAUCUCUUUCAGGAUCUCUAGUUCUGGUCUACAAAUUAAUGAACUCUUCCAAGUGCAUAUCCUCAACAGACAUAUCCUGCUAGAUCUAUGGGAUAGAAUUAACCAGACCACCAUGUGGGAUUCUGAGUAAAAUUUAACAAAUUUCAUUAUCAUUAAGGACAGUUGCCCCAUUACAACAUCACUGUUCCUCCUACUUUCAAACAAUAUGAUUCAUCCUCAAAUAAUCUCGAGGCAGAAAAAUAGUGAUCAAAUAUUCCCAAUAAGUAACACUGAGAAUUUAUCAAUGGUCUAUAUUCCAUUCCCUAUUAAAAUGUUAAACAUAAUAUAGCAAGUUACAGCAAUGAUAAUAAAGUUUUAGGAAUUACACUUACUACCUGAAGCUGUGCAAACAGCGCAAGAACAAAUGAGUAGUGUACAAGAUUUAGGUCUCAGAUAGUUUUAAAUUUGAAGCUUGAAAUAUACAGAUGCUCACUGCCAUAUGUUUGUCAUUCAUCCUCUGUCAAUUCAAGAGUUACCUCAUUAAAACGCAUAACAGUUACCAAAGAGUUGAGGAAAGGUAACAGGGAAUCCAAGGUGCAAGAACUUUAAGUUGUUAAAUAUGUAACAGCUUCAAGUUACCUUAUAGGGUUGUAGAAAUAAAUAUGGAUUUUUAUAUAUAUUCAAUAAGAUGCAACAUAAAUUAUCUUUAUGAAAUUAGGACGUGCAUGAGGAGUGAUAUCAGCUUGCUUUGAGGCUUGUCUAACAGACAAAAUAAAUUCAUGCGUCAUUUUCAAGUCAGUAGGUAUAACCGGUGGGGUAACUGCAGGAUCCAUGCCCUGGUCUUAGCAACUUGCAAUCUAUAUUGGCUGCUUUGAUUAAGAGACCAAGUCUGUUGAGAAGACAAAGAUAAUUGGGGAAUGUAAGCAAUGAGGAAGAUAUAAAUGGAGUGCAAAAGGAAUUAGGUUAUGAGCCGGUGACUGCAUAAGUCUUUUGUGAAUAAACCAGAAGUUAUGAGACCUGGAAAUGUUGAUAUUCAAAAGAACCUACAAAGUUUUGUGCACAUUUAAUCUCCAAGUACAGCAGGGGAAAGUAUAUGGAAUUUUAGCCCUUAUUAUUUUAAUAUGUACACUAAUCCCUUGUGAGACUGCAUCUGGAGUGUUAAGAAUUUAAGGCAGUUCCUCAGAUUGAGACAAGUUGCUUCUAUUCGUUCUGUGGGUUCAGAGGUGAUGCACGAGGCCAGUGGGAAGAACUGAUUUUACAACACCUGGGUCAGGAGAUGCCCAAGUGAGCAGGUGGUUGGUUUCUGAGAGAGGACACUUCUUCCACUGUUUACACUGGGCUUCUCAGUGCUCCUAAUGCAUGGACGAGGUUCUUAGUACCAUCCUUAAUGUUGCUUCUCCAGGAAUUUCCAGGCCUCAGUGGGCAUUUUUCUUUCCACUGAGGCAGUUUUGAGAACAUUCUUGGAUUGGUUCUUGGUUACUUUGUAAUUGUUUCCUGUGAUAGCAAUCAGAAGUGUUUCUGUUUCAGGAGUCUGGUAUUAGGCGUGCAAUGUGGCUUAUCCAAUCAAGGUAACAAUGCAAUUAGGGCCUCAAUGUGGGGUCUACUGGCUUGCUUCUCCCACUGGAUUUGGAUUUUACAGCAGUAAUGAAAUAUUUCUUGAGGUGCCCAUUUUAGCUAAUCCGUCUCAAAAGCACAUAGGAGGGUAGGGAUGUCUGCUGUCCAGUAUUCCAUAAGUUUUGUGCUAGGUUGAUCACAAAUGCCUUUCUCCUCAGUUUGC